CGCUCACAAGAAAGAACUUAUCGAAAUAUAGCCGUCACAUCUGGCAACUAUCUGAAACGCCCGCACUUGCAAUUGUUUUCUUUUUCCCAAUAAUUGCAAGCAAACAAUAUUUCACAAUGAACAAGGACAACUCCAGCAUGAAAAUGGAUCCGCAGCUAGCCCUGCGCCUCCUGGCCGAUGGCGGAGUGCUGGUCAUCGCCGGUGUACCCGAGGGCACGGAAUUCGGCAUUGAUCUGUGUGCCUACACCAUUGGUCCGGAUUUCCGAGGCGUCAAGAUGAUUCCACCCGGAGUCCACUACGUAUGGUGCUCCUCCCGUGGUCCCUACGGCGAUGCAGCGCCACGUGUUGGAUUCGUGCACUUCUUCCAUCCGAAUGAGAUUGUCGUACGAGAGUGGGACCACGAAGUGGAGGAACUGCGCCCGCGGAGGAUUGCCGAACCGGAAGUGGAGCGAGACCGAAUCCGCAAAAACCUAGCCCAACUGGAGCGCGUGCUGGCACCGUACGACUAUCGUUACGUGGUCCAGUGGAAGGAACUCACCGGCAGCGUGACGGAGUCUUGCGUGGAUCGCUGCCGUCCGACAGAAGGGACCAUCCGUACAAACAUCGAACUGCAAUCCUGCCCGGACGCAGAUCGGCCGCGAGGAGGAGCCGCUACUGGCAGCAUAAGCCGCCGGAAUGCUGCAGCUCGGCUGCUCCUAGAUGAGAGCGAACUCCUACCGGACCUUAAGCCCGUGGAAGGAACAGCUCCGCGCUUCACUACCGUACCCCUGCGUGUUCCACAAGAUGCCCUGCCCGCUGAUGUUUCCCGCCACGCCUUGGACUGCAUCGAUGCUAUUGACAAACUGCUCGAAGGCUUUGAAACGGCCGACGGCCUCAUUGAGGAACUGCAGCUGGCCUACGCAUUUUUCCUAGUGGGCUACUCUGUGGAGUCUCUGGCCCACUGGCGCAAGCUUUUGGGCUUGCUGGCUCACUCGCAAACGGCGGUCACAAAGCACAAGUUAACGUACAUGAAAUACAGCGAGGUUUUGGCUCACCAGCUGCCCCAUCUGCCCGAGGAGCUGAUGGUGCCUGGUCCGCAUAACACCGUCUACAAAGAUGUACGCGAACUGCUGGUCAAUCUGCAUGCGGGCGGUUUAAGUGUCAGCGCUGAGCGGCUGAGCAAGCGGCUGGAGAAAAAGUUGGGAUGGGAAUUCGAGGGCCUGCUAGACGAGGAUCCCGAGGACCAGCCCGUAGUCAUCGAACUUCCGGAGGCCUAGGAGAAGAGCGCUACGCAUGUGAAGUCGAGUGCUGGGUGCGCAAGUAAUUCCACAGAUCCCGAGCCGUGCGGAUGCUGACCAUGAAUUGGCACAACUUGGUCUCGAUCAGGCAGAGAAUCAAGAACUUGGCUCGCUUGUCCUUCAGCAGGGACUGCAAGGAGUAUGGCAUGGGCAUGGGUUUUCUGUAGCCAUAAGCGGCGCCACCAUCACUCACCUCCUCGUUGUUCUCGGGACCAUUCUCCACCACCGUCCAGAGUUCCUCCGACUCCAGAUACGCCCGCACCGUCAUCGACCAGGCCUUGUAGUUGUCCAAACCUUUGAGCUUCUCAAUUUGCAGCUGCAGUGCCAUAUCUCCGAGACUCGAGCAACGUUUCGCAACUAAACCGCAUUCGGGCCCUUUGCUGUUUCUUUACCUUCGCCUCUUCCAGCUGUUGUCCAGAUUUUCAAAUAUAGAUAUCUGAGUAUUUGUAUCUGUAUGCACACGGCUUUUCCAUUGUGCACAUCACCAAGCUGAAAACAAUGGCCACUAGACCCACUUUUCGUGUUGCUUCUGUCCCAGCUCUGCAUUCAGCUUAAGUGGACACUUCUGAUUUGACGCAGAAGCGUUGUCGCUUUAUGUGCCUGCCUGCUUGUAUUUUCCGAUGACCAGAGAAUUUAGUUUGGCAUAUAUCUGUUCUGAGCAGCAGCAGUGCGCUUUCUAAGCUCGCAUCUUUUGGAUGCAUCAAUACUUGACAGGUAUGAAUCUUAAUUAAUAACUUAAUGUGGAAUUGAUCUAGAUUCGAUGUUAUGAUGCUUGAUUAGCAAAUGAUAAUGAUAGCAGAAAAUGUCAUUGCAAAUCUUUAUUGAAAACUUCAGUUAAAAACUAGGAUAUCUAAUGGUAAUUUCUCUAUUAUACUGAAUGCGUCAAAUCAAGAAAGAAGCACGAUUGAAAGGAUCACUUAAAAUAAAUCCGUCAAAAUGUAAAACAAACUAGUUUUAUUGUUAUUAAUGGGCGACUUCCCAAAAAACUAAUAAACUAAUAGAGAAACUGCGUGUUGAUAGGGAAACCUUCGUUUCUUUUCUACAUUUUCAAUCUUUCUAUGAUUGACUGUGACCAUUUAAACAAGCCCAUAAAAACACGAGCCCCAAAACUCAAUUAAUAAUAAAUUGUGAUGCC